AUGGGGGUAAUAUAUCAAGUUAUAAGUGCUAUGAUAAUAUGCUCUACGGUGCUGAAUGUAGGAGUGACUUUCAUGUGGCCUGCGUUCACAAUCUUGCUUUUUUCAUCUGAGCGUACACCACUGCAUAGACCAAUGACCGUUACAGAAAUAUCAUUACUUGGAAGUCUUUCUUCUAUGGGAUCAGUAUUAAGUACAAUGACGGCUGGCUUCUUGUUGGAUAAACUAGGAAGGAAGAAGUGUUGUUUGGCUAGCGCUUUGUGUGUAGUUAUAUUUUGGUCAGUUUUAGUCGUAAGCCGACGAGUAGAAGCAGUUUUACUCGCUGUCUUUAUAUCUGGACUCAGCAAUUCGGUGAUCCUAAUCUCCUCGGUUUAUAUAAGUGAGUUUAGUCAAGACUCCAUUCGAGGUUCUUUAUGCGCUGCCAUUCUGACCUUCAAUAGUAUUGGUUUUGUGGUGUCUUAUUUACUUGGAGGCUUCUUGGAGUAUAAGAUGAUGUUGUACAUUGGCCUAUCCAUAUCAGUCUUCUGUAUGAGUCUUCUAUUUUUCUUGAAAGAUUCUCCGUCUUAUUUAAUGAUGAGAGGAAGAGAAAAGGAAUCCAUGCAAGCUUUGGCUUUCUAUAGAAAUUUAAAAAUUGAUGACCAACAAGUUAUAGACGAAAUCAACAUUUUAAGACGCAAUAUAAAACCAACUGUAGACAAUGAGGUACAAGCCAUACAAACAGAAUUAACACCUGAAAUGGAAAAAUUAAACACCGAUGUAAAACCCGUUGAAAAGUUAUCUACCUGGCAGUUUCUAAAAAAAUCUAAAUCAACACGUCGAGCAUUGUUCAUCAAUCUCGUAAUGUUGACAGCGGGUAUUUACCAAGGGCAAAUCAUUAUUCUGGUAUAUAUAGAACAACUUUUCUUGGUAGCAGUACCAUCGAUAUCUCCUUCACUAUCUAGUGUGUUUCUGGCGAUAGCCAGAGUUGGAGCUGGUUUUUUGGCAGGUUACUUGUCGGAUAUCAGUGGAAGAAGGCCUCUUAUGAUCCACGGCUCUCUUGUGGCUGCUAUCAACGCUGCACUUUUAGGAACCCAGAUGCAGUUUAACUGGGGACCGAGUUGGAUUGCUGCAAUGUCCAUAUUUCUGUUCAGUAUUGCAUUCACUAUUGGUGCAGGUACAAUGCCGUUGGUACUUGCCUCUGAGAUGUUUCUGCCAGAGGUUAAAAGCAUCCUCUCCAUGGUGUGUUGCGAGUGGAUUUGGAUCUGUAACUUCUCAAUUCUCUUCAUCUUCAACCCCGUUUUGAAAGCUAUUGGCUGGGGACCUGUCUUCUAUAUUUUUGCAUCACUAUGUUUAUUAACUGCUAUCUUCUGUUUCUUUUUCUUGCCAGAGACCAAGGGUUUGACAGCUGAAGAAAUCCAACCGUUGGUAUUAAAAAAGGCAAAUAGAACUAAGCUUUAG